AUGGUAACCCAUUGCUGUGUGAUCUUGCUGUCGACGUUACUGAUAGCUGUCCCCAUCGCUGCUAGGGACGAUCGAAACGUGCAGCGAUUCGUGAAGAUCGACCUAUCCAAGAUAAACGUUAAAAGUACAACCGACUCGAACAAUGUCAGCACUACAUCCACGGAGACUUCACCAACUACAGAAGGAUCUACUACCUUGGGAACUUCAGCUUCUACUACGGCUAAGCCUACUAUUGCAGCUCCAGGUAACAUAACAUCAACGACUGCUGGGCCAAUAACGGAGAGCACGUCAGUCACUGUACCGCCAGUUACAACUUCAACGGCCACUACCGUUGAUACCACCAUGUCGAUCGAUUUCGAUCCAACGUUCCCACUACUCAAGGAAGGCCGUGCGGCCAAGCUCGUCCCGAGGGGAUACUUCUGUCAGUGUGAUCUGAAGAUUAAUGCCUGCGACGUUAACUGCUGCUGCGACAUUGACUGCAACGAGGCCAUCCUGAAAGCCUUCCAUUGCGACGAGGAGCAACUGCACCGGGACGAGUAUCAUCACGACGCAGGGCUACAGUCCUGCCGUGUCCAGGGCGGACUGUUCUGUCUCGUCGAGCCGAUCCACGAGGAGGGAGAUGAGAGCUAUUAUGAUCCGAAAAGACUCCCAGCUGCUACCAGGUUCAAGUGGAAGGAUGUAUUCCCGGUCGACGCAACCGAUCCGAACGACAUCCGGAUCGACCAUUAUCGAGUGGGGGAUAUCGUGUACUUCUUCAAUGAAACCAGCGAGACUGUUCAAUUGUUUGACCUCCCUUACUCUCUGACCGAUAGUGUAUGUCAGAUAAGUCAGCCAGUGCGCUUCCUCCGUGAAAGCAGCAACAUUUGCCGGCGCACGGUGGAAGAACUGGUGGCGUUCAAUCGUGCCUUCGUAGAGCACUAUCGAUCGGUACGGUUCUUCCGAACACCCAAGAAAUCUACCGUCAUGGAACACUACUGCGUGGAGGAGCAGGACUGUAUUAAUGUUACCUUAUCCGUGUGCCAUCCGGUGGGUGAAGGUGGUUCCGGAUGGAACUGCUCUGCACAGAAUGUCAACACAACGUCCAACGCCACAUCGGACACCACAGCGGACUUCCUUGAGGAAGAUGUCGGUGGCAUGGGUACUUGUGAUAGGUUAGAGAUACAUUUUUAUAACAACUACACGCACUUGCUGGAGGUGAGAAUGAAGUUGUUCUGUCAUCCCGACACGCCAGAUUCCUGGAUGGAUACAUCCGUGUGGCAACGGGUGGCCGUAAAGUUCCCCGUAGCGUAUCGUAAGCUCAGUAAUUCUUCACGCUCGGUCAGCGGAAACCUGGGGUAUCUGAUCGGGAAACCUCUUAUCGUGUCGCACCUAGAAAAAGGACCGAAUGGAACACUCGGGGCAGGUGGUUUGGAACCGAACGCACCUUCCGAGCGCCCUCUUAAACUGAUGCUAGCCUACUUCACCAAUGAAACGCGGCUUCCUGAUGAAUCCUUUCGCCUGCGACUUCCGAUCAGCAAGGUUAACCGAUGUACGCUAUCGGACGAGUCCUACCAAACGAUCAACUUUGGUGUGAACUCCUGGCACCGGUGCAACUUCGUGCUGGUAGAUGGGGGAAACGUUAGCACGGAGUCCACCCAGAACUACACCCAACUUUGCCGUCAGCUUCAGGAAAAACUUUACGAACAUCUGCUCCACGGUGUGCGCAAAACUAACGACGGCUACGACAACCUAAAUCUGUACCUCUCGAAAUACGGCAAUCCGAUCAACAAAACCACCGACUGGGUUCAGCUACGCACGGUGAACGUGAUUGCUGAGGCUAAACCGGGUUCCGAUACGGAUACGUCGACUCCGCACGAUGGCGGACAUGAUUACUUCACCUGCAGCAACAUGUUGAUUAACGUCGACUAUCGGUUCUACUAUGCGCUCCAGCGCGUACAUGACGUGCGCCAUCAGGCCAUACUGCACACCGGAGAGGUGGUGUUUGGCCCCCGAGUUAACUUGCGCUUCCGGCGGGACGAAGAGGUGCGUGUGCCGAUCUUUGUGCAGGUUCAGUUCUUCGAUCUUACCGCGUCCGCGGGCGUCGGACUUACGAUCCCGGCAAAUCCAUUGCUCCUUGGAUUAUUAGUAUGUCUUUACGUGUGCAUUUUUCAUCCGUAA